UUAGGUGAACAGAAAAUGUCUGUUUCACGUAAAGAAUUUGAUGUGAAGCAGAUUUUACGCAUUCGGUGGCGAUUUUUUGGUCACCCUGCUUCUCCUCCAGUUGCAUCCAGUGAUAAUCGACGGGGAGAAAUUUGGAGCAAGGAUCUAGGUGCCUCAAAUAAUGGGAAAAAAUUCUUAGACUCCGGACACCUGCAUCAACCAUUGGCAACUGUCAACUAUCAGAGAUCCAGCCAGCAGGAAAUUCAGAAUUCUCCGUCUUGGCAGGUGCCCCAUGGCCCAGAUCUCCCCUCAUUUGAGUUCACCACUGACGACUAUGAAUCAGUACAUUGGCAUGGCAAGCAUGAACCCAAGGAUGAAGGGAGUGAAGAAGAGAAUGAAACUGACAGCAGUUCCUGCAGAACUUCAAGCAGCAGUCAGAACCUGUCCCCGUGCCAGACAAUGGAUCCUUCAGCCCCUGAGGAGUGUUUUCAGGCACUAAACCAUGCAGAACAAACCUUCAAAAAAAUGGAGAACUACCUCCGACACAAGCAGCUGUGUGAUGUAGUGCUUCUGGCCGAUGACCGAAGGAUUCCAGCCCACAGGCUAGUUCUAUCUUCAGUUUCAGACUACUUUGCUGCAAUGUUCACAAAUGAUGUAAGGGAAGCUAAACAGGAAGAAAUAAAGAUUGAAGGUGUGGAUUCAAAUGCAUUAUGGGCAUUAGUUCAAUAUGCCUACACAGGGCGUUUGGAAUUAAAAGAAGAUAAUAUUGAAUGCCUGUUGUCGACCGCCUGCCUGUUACAAUUGUCUCAGGUUGUUGAGGCAUGCUGUGGUUUCCUGAUGAAGCAGCUUCACCCUUCCAACUGUCUUGGAAUUCGUUCAUUUGCAGAUGCACAGGGCUGCACUGACCUGCAUAAAGUGGCUCAUAAUUACACCAUGGAGCACUUCAUGGAUGUGAUAAGAAAUCAGGAGUUUCUACUACUGCCAGCAAAUGAGAUAGUUAAGCUGUUGGCUAGUGAUGAUAUGAACAUACCAAAUGAAGAAACUAUAUUGAAUGCAUUGCUUAGCUGGGUGCGGCACGAUGCAGACAACAGACAAAAGGAACUCAGCAAACUGCUGGCAUACAUCAGACUCCCUCUCCUCUGUCCUCAGUUUCUUGCAGACAUGGAGAACAAUGUGUUGUUUAGGGAUGACAUUGAAUGCCAAAAACUCAUUAUGGAAGCAAUGAAAUAUCACCUGUUACCUGAGCGUCGCAACAUGAUGCAGAGUCCUCGCACUAAGCCUAGAAAGUCAACUGUGGGAGUACUGUUUGCAGUUGGAGGAAUGGAUGCAACAAAAGGUGCCACAAGCAUCGAAAGAUACGACCUUCGUUCCAAUACUUGGACACAUGUUGCCAAUAUGAAUGGGAGACGAUUACAAUUUGGUGUGGCAGUUCUGGAUGACAAACUUUAUGUUGUGGGAGGUAGAGAUGGAUUGAAGACUUUAAAUACAGUUGAGUGCUACAACCCAAAAACUAAAAGCUGGAGUAUCAUGCCCCCCAUGUCUACACAUAGGCAUGGCCUUGGAGUGGAAGUUCUGGAGGGUCCCAUGUAUGCAGUAGGUGGACAUGACGGUUGGAGCUAUCUAAAUACAGUUGAGCGAUGGGACCCACAGGCUCGGCAGUGGAACUUUGUUGCCAGUAUGUCAGUGCCACGAAGUACAGUUGGUGUAGCAGUACUUAAUGGAAAACUUUAUGCUGUUGGAGGUCGAGAUGGAAGUUCUUGCCUUAAGUCUGUAGAAUGUUUUGAUCCCCACACCAAUAAAUGGACCCCCUGUGCCCAGAUGUCUAAAAGACGAGGUGGUGUUGGAGUUGCAACAUGGAAUGGUUUCUUGUAUGCCAUUGGGGGACAUGAUGCACCAGCAUCUAACUUGACUUCAAGAUUGUCUGACUGCGUAGAGAGAUACGAUCCAAAAACUGACACUUGGACAGCAGUCGCUCCAAUGAGCAUUAGCAGAGAUGCAGUUGGUGUUUGUUUACUUGGUGAUAGGCUCUAUGCAGUUGGAGGAUAUGACGGGCAGUCAUAUCUAAACACUGUGGAAGCCUAUGAUCCUCAGACUAAUGAGUGGAUGCAGGUUGCACCAUUGUGCCUUGGAAGAGCUGGAGCAUGCGUGGUCACUGUUAAACUCUGAUUUCCUUUGAAAUAUAAACCAUUCAAUAGAUCCAUUAAAAAUAAAAUUACGUGACAUCUCUUGAACAUGACUUCAAAAUGAAAGAAAGCUGAAAGAUCCCACAAAUUCCUAAUUGUACUUCCCCACCCAAAAAUGAGUGUCCAGAGAAAACCAUACCUUGUGUAGGAAAUAACAAGUUUCAAUUGAUAUGCAUUUAAAGAACACCCAACUGAUGAUCACGUUAACAAUAAUAGAGGCUCAAACUUUAUGUUGAAAAGCUCCAAGUCUUUUUUUAGGAUUUAUUCCGAUUUAUUAAUGUUCUUGAUUCACUGCUAAAAGAAUUUGGUUAAGCAAAAAUCAAUUAGUAGAGAAGAAAUGUGCCUGUUUAAGGGAUCAACGUCUGUCGUAAUUCUGUAAUAAUUAUGUUGUAGCCUUUAUUCUCCUUCCAUCAUUCCUCAAAAUACUCAGAUAUUGUCUGUACUUGAAAGUUCUAUUCUCCAAUCAGUUUCUGAUGGUGCACUGUACAAAUACUGUAAUUGUUAAUUUAUUUUCUUUAAGCAGUGUAGAUUUUACUUCAAUCAGAUGGAAAAGGCCAUGUGGUGUAACCAUGAAGAAAAUAUUAAAACUAUAAACUGAAUACAAAUUCACUGAGUGCACACUGUAAAGCUAAUUUUCCCCUUUUGCAAGCGAUGCACAUCAGACACUAAAAUUACAACAGUGAUACAAGAUGUUCCAUCUGAUCUGCCUCAUUUUUCAUCCAUUAAUUUUACUGGAUCAAAGAUGAGGUAGUGGCACCAGUUAGCCUAAUGAACGUUAUAGCAUAGUUAUCGAUCAUUAAUGCAAAACUGGAAAAUUAUCCUUCUUUAUUAUGCUUAGUUGCCCUUUAUCUUAAUAAAAUCCAGUGGUUAAUUUUUAUAUAUUUCAAAAUGACCAUAUUCUAUUAUUUUCAUUUUAAGCCAAACUGCCUUUAUUAAAAAUAAAGUAGAAGCACAUACAUAUUUAAUAUGCAAUAUAUCGAAAUCAUUAUAGAAGUUUUUUUGUUGGUGCAAGCAAUCAUUGUGUAAUUGCCCCUUUAUAUCACAGAGUGUUUUCAGUUUAUACAUUAUGUUCUCAAUUAGUCAUUAACAGACCAAAUACAUGUUGUGUCCUUGUAUGUUAUGAUUUACCUACCAAAAAUAUCUAGUCAGAAACUGUCUUUUGCAUCAGCCUUGAGACAUAACCCGUCCUUUACUUAACUUCAUUCUACAAUUCUAUUUUAUCUCAUGGCUAGAAUUUUUGGUUUUGUUGGCAAAGAAAUGAUGUAUAUCCUGGGACCUAUUAGCACCAGUUGUACAUACACAUAGGUGAUGCAAAAAGGGAUCUUAACCAGAGGUUGGUGACACUUCUGAUCACUCCUGAAUAAAGUAACAUCCAGGAGAAAAUUGCUGUAAAUGACUCCACAUACAAUUCACCUCAAUGAUGUGACUUUUCCUGAUGUCAAUCAUGCAUCUAAUGACAUUAUUGUUUUCUAGCAUAAAUGGGAGCUUUGGCUAUGACCUAUGACUUCUAUGAAUUUUGAAUGCAGCUAGAGUUCCCUUGUGCUACUUAACUGAAUUUGUGCCUAUUAAAAGGGACACUUUGCAGACACCAAGAGAGCUGACUGAGCAGCUUCAGAACUCAACAUAGGUUAUUCUAAGCCUUCCAAAGUUCUGAUUAUGAUAGGAAGUAGUUUCUCCAGCUUUGACCUGUUGAGAUAUUCAUUCCUUGAGUGCCUUAGCACCGCUGGCUGCAUGCAGUUAGAACCUUUCCAGCUGAGGACAGUACAGUGUGUAGCAAAGCCACACUAGUCCCUUAUCACAGCAAAGUUGCUUGUCGUAGAUGAGGAAUGUGGCAACAUUACUAAUGUAUUCAGAAUCACUCAAAUAAAAAUAAAAUAAUACAAGCAUCAGAAAUCACAUUUUUCAGUAAAAUUACACACCCUAGUGGCUGUCCUGUUUCAUCCGUGGAUUUCAAAGUUCCUGUGCUAUGUAGUGAUCUUUCCAGUGAACCUGCAGUCUGGCUAAGAGAAGACUGCCCUCUUUCAAUUGAGUAUACACAGAUAUCUAUGUUGAUUGAUGAAAAGCCAUUGCUUUAGAUUAGUUGUCUUCAUUUGGGCCAAUUGAGAGAGAAGCCAUCUUGGGGCACGGGUGAGUGAGCUUUCUGAGAGUCCAUGGUGGGCAGUGACGUGUGGGAGUUCAUCAGUUCACAGAAUCUGCACAUCACGUGGCCUCUUGAGGGACCAAGUGCAUCAUAUUUGAAUUAUAUUGUAUUAACUUAUUUAUAGUGUAAUAUUUUAGUUUAUGUGCUGUGUGUGAUACAUGUUGUGUGGGUACAUCAUGGUCUGGAGGAAUAUUGUUUCAUUUGGUUGUAUAUAUGUACAGUCAGAUGACAAUAAACUUGAACUCAAACUUGAUAACGGUCAAACAGUCUCCAACAUCUACUCAGUUGUUUUUUUCAGCCUGCACCACAAAUCACAGCUGUCUGUUUCCUUUACCAGAGUCGGCUCUGAGGGCAGGACCCUGUUUAUGUUCAUACAUCGACUAGAAGGGCCGAGAUGGCCUGUUUCCACGCUGUAAUUGUAAAAUGGUUAUAUAGUCAUAGUCAUACUUUAUUGAUCCCGGGGGAAAUUGGUUUUCGUUACAGUUGCACCAUAAAUAAUAAAUAGUAAUAGAACCAUAAAUAGUUAAAUAGUAAUAUGUAAAUUAUGCCAGUAAAUUAUGAAAUAAGUCCAGGACCAGCCUAUUGGCUCAGGGUGUUUGACCCUCCAAGGGAGGAGUUGUAAAGUUUGAUGGCCACAGGCAGGAAUGACUUCCUAUGAUGCUCUGUGCUGCAUCUCGGAGGAAUGAGUCUCUGGCUGAAGGUACUCCUGUGCCCACCCAGUACAUUAUGUAGUGGAUGGGAGACAUUGACCAAGAUGGCAUGCAACUUAGACAGCAUCCUCUUUUCAGACACCACAGUGAGAGAGUCCAGUUCCAUCUCCACAACAUCACUGGCCUUACGAAUGAGUUUGUUGAAUCUGUUGGUGUCUGCUACCCUCAGCCUGCUGCCCCAGCACACAACAGCAAACAUGAUAGCACUGGCCACCACAGACUCGUAGAACAUCCUCAGCAUCGUCUGGCAGAUGUUAAAGGACCUCAGUCUCCUCAGGAAAUAGAGACGGCUCUGACCCUUCUUGUAGACAGCCUCAGUGUUCUUAGACCAGUCCAUAACUUAUAUGGUUAUAAGUGUGAGUUGCUAGCAUGCAUCCCUGCUCUUGCAGAGAAGAGGCAAUUUGCUGCAUGCCUACAAGAUAGUGAUCUGCUCAUGCCUGUCAUUUCUCUGCUUGUGCAGGGCAGCACUCUAACUUAUCGCUGUUAGUGAAGAACAAUGAGCCAACCAUGUACAGCGUCCUUUUCCUCUGAAAUGGCGACCCACUCAUAAGUAGCAAUCCUUUGUCCACUGAGAGCAGCAAUCUGCUCAGUGAUAUCACCUCUCUGCUUACUGAAUACAUGGGCUACAACCUGGUGGCAUAUCAUUGUUCCUGAGGAGCUUCAAGCUUGCUUCUGUGUAACCAAGUUAAACUUUUAAGCUUGGGAAGGGUUGUAUGGAAGCAGAAAGAUCUGUGGUCUCUAUUACAGCUAUCACUUCCACUAGGAACUGCUAUAUGAGAGGUUUGCCACCAACACCCAGCAUCUGAAAUGAGCUUCACACCCAGAGUUGAGGUUAUAGUCUACUAUCUCCACACAUCCCUGCAUUCAGUGAGGCAAGUCUGACAAUGUAUUAAUCAUCUCAUUGUGCACUCUAUCCACCUUGUCAUGAAUACAUUGUGAUUGUGUCUAUAUUUGAGUCUUCUGGUCCCUCAUUGUGCCAGUUUCUAAAGUGACAAACACAGUGACUCAGUAGGAUCAUCAUUAUGCUCUCCCAGUUCCUUUUCCUCUAAUGUCCUCUUCUGUUUUUCCUUCUUGUCCUACUCUCUACUGGGAUGGCCUGUUCCAAAAUGCUAAAGGGCAAAGCAGAAAAAAAUUGUCCUUGUAAUCUGCAGCCAAAGCACCUUUAUGAUGGAGCAGCAAUGAAGAUGGUAAUGUGAAUAUCUUUAGGUGAUCAAAUUAAAAGGCUUUUAGCGAUCACAUUAGAACACUGCCAGUGUGCGUAUUUGACACAUGGAGCUGGUUUGAGGCUUGAUGGACUAUCUGUCCAUUGGGACAUUGACUGACCUUUGCAUAUUGCUGUAUUUGAAACCCAGACUUGAGGGGUAGAGAGGGCAGAAUGUCAGUGGAAGGGUGAGGUUAAACAGUGGGAGAUGUAGGAACGUUGUGGUUGGAAUCGUCGUCGGUACGAUUAAUGGUUGUAUGCGGCAGAAUAAAAGUUGUUGGUACAAAGCUCACCUCAAAUUAUAUUAUCAGGUCUUGGGAUUUCUUCCUUAAUGGGAUUCUCAUUAUUGUAGCUGCCACCUGCUACUGGUUUUGAACAUUGCCUUGGUGGCUGUCCUGUUUCCAUUCCCCAUCACAGGAUUUCUCCCAGCCUAACAUUGAUUCAUCAGGAAUUUCAUGCCCUUCUGGUUAAAAAGUAGAUUUCUCUUUCACUCUGCACAGCAGUGUUGUUACUGUGUGGCUGCUAGGAUGUGACUUUAUAGGCUGACAAUUCUCCGUCACAGAGCAGUGUAUCUCCAAACAUCCUAAACCUUUUCAGGUCUUCUUUGUAUCUCCACGUGUACCAUUUUAGUGCACUUGAUUCUGGGUAAUUAACACCACAAUUCUUUUUGUAAUGUAUCCAAUUUUGCUAUUUUUUAUAUAUAUGCAGGUUCUGAUUUGGUUUCAGCACUGUACACAGCAAGAUUUUUUAUUAGCCACCUUAAAAAUACAAUUUCUAGCUUACUUUGUUUUUUGUUAUGAAAUAAGCCAUAAGACAGUAAUAUAUUGUAUGGGAGCACAAUUUGACCAUCUGCCCACCACAUCUGUUCUGCCACUAAAUCAUAACUGUCUUUUUUUCUCAACCCCCAUUCUCCUGCCUUCUCCCCAUAACCCUUAACACCAAGCCAACUAUCAAUCGCUGCCUUAAGUAAGCCCAAUGGCUUGGCCUCCAGGGCCCUUUGUAGCAAUGAAUUCCAUAGAUUCACCAAUCUAUGGAAGUCAACAAUGACUUAUGAACAUGAAAGCUCGUUCUUGUAAGUUAGUCGAUGAGUUUUAUUGCAUACUACAGAAAAUACUGUUGGAUAGCUGAUGAUUCUGUCUGAGUUUGAUUUGGAUCACUUUCAACUAAAAAGAUGAAAUAGGUGGGGCAAUGCAAUUCCACAUCACUACUCUUCAGGACACGUUUUAAUUCAUGGCUAUUUAUGAUUCCCAGCAAGUAUAUUAAAAGCAAUGCCCUGUAAUCCUGUCAAUUUUUAAACCUGCAAACUGAUUUGAUUUUGCAACCAGUUUGAUUUCAGUGGCUUGUUUGUUUUAUAUUUAGAACUCCUUCAAUGUAAGUAUUAAGUUGCCUGCAUUAAGAAACUCCAUAAAGUUUACUUGUGCAUUUAUCAGAAUUGGUCACCUGGUUCAAAUUAAUUUUCUAAAAUGUUAAAUUGUACUGUAUGUUAUUAUGUUACUAGUUAGCACUUACAGUGAGCACUGAAUUAUGAGACAUUGAUUUAACUGUUGAAGUACAUAUUAAUGCAUGUAAUUUUGGUGAACAGUGAGAUAUAACUAAACAGUGGAUUUAUUUUCACUUGGACUAUUGAGACCUAUACAUUUUGGCCCAAUUAAGUGGAUACCCCAAUUACCCAAAGUUUCAUAAAAAGCUAUUUAAAAAAAGACAACUACCAUUUAACUGAGUAACAAACUAUGUAUUUAAGUGAAAUACAGAACAAAUUAGAACACUGCCAUUACUACUAAAGUACUAUAAAACUGUGUAUUAGAUCCUAAUACUUAUCAACGGAGGAAUUCAUCCAGUUACACUGCCGUAUUCUUUUGAUUGUAUAUGAACAAAAUCAGUGCAAACACCUAGUACAGUUAAUGGACCUCCUUCAUUGACUCCCUGUGAAGUAGUGCUGUAACCCAACAAUAAAUUUCUUUUUUCUGAUCAUGAAUGGUAUUAGGUGGAUGGCUUUUAAUUUGGUCAAGUAGGGUAAUUUUUUUGGGCCAGUGGCUAAUCUUUCGUGGCAUCUUGGCAAGGGUCUCAAACUUUCUUAAGUCAGAAUAAAAAUACUAAAUGAUCAAAAUAUGCUACUUUUUGAAUCAGCAUCCGUCAGCCCAAAUGGAUUAUAUAACACAAGCAAACACCUCUGACACUAUUUAAAAACUGUUCGCUGUAAGCACACUGUAGUGUCUGAUGGCCACACAAGCGCUCCGGACAGAUGCUGGUUAGAAACUGUUCGGCAACUGUCUCCUGUCACAAUUAAGCGGCAUAGUGUCCCAAAACAUGAAGGGAAGCUCGGCUGCUUUUUCGAUUCAUUUUUGUUAAGAGUUCUCCCAAAUAAGUGGUUCCCAGAUUAACUGGAAUCCACUUAUAUGACAAAGAUUCAUGUUUUUAAUUUAUGACCACUUACAUUAGUGAGUUCACAGUUUGUUUAUUUAAUUUCACUGAAAAGCACAGUUAAAUCACAGGAUAUUUAUGCAACAAUCUAAGUAUGAAAAUUGCAAACUAUUUUAUCCUCCCAAAAAUUCCUUUUUUACAAUUAAUGUAUCUCCUGUAGCUUCUCGGUACAAUAUAUAUCAGACAAGCAUUAGGAGUGAUGCCUUGUUCACAGAAAUCCCGCACUUUGCAAUCAUUAUAAAACCAGCUGCAUUAACUGUGAGUAACUCAAUGGUCAUUUCUGAUACUUGCUUUCCAGUUAUUGCUUUUACCCCAGGCCAACUUUGAAAUAUGGAUUGCAACAUAUUUCAAAAAACAUUAGCCUUAUUAAGAAAAAGAAUCAGUAGUAGUCACAGAAUUAUCCAAAUAAUUGAGUGUUAAAGAAGAUAAUUUGUAAUUCUUUAGAUUACUAAAUAAUCUGAAUGCUGAUGAUUCAUAUAGAAAAGUGGGGGAUUAUAGAAAAGAAAGUUUCCACAUUGUCAAUAGAAAUAAGAUAACUUGAGAGUGGUUACCUACAUGAUCUGUCGAGUACUGUUUCAGAAUUUGAUUCAUUCUUGUAGCCUAUAUAUUCAUAUUGGUAGCACCCUAAAGUUACAAGCAAAUGAAGGUUGAGGAAAACAGUCGUUUAAAAUGUAUUGAUUAAGCAUGAAGAUAAGCAGGAUAAAGAUAAAGAAAGAUCUAGUCACCUUGCAGAAGAGGUACAUUGAAAAGGUUAAAAAAAAGCUAAAAGGUAAAAAAAGUUAGUCUCCGUUUGGCAUAUGUGGCAUCAGAAUACUUGGAAGCAUAAUCAAAUUUGAUACUCCAUCCACUGAUGUGGGUUAAGAUGCUGUACUUUGGAUAAUAUGUCAAACCAAGGCACUGUCUGGCUGUUCUAAUUCUUGAAGUGAAUCCAUAUACCUAUUCUAAGAAAAGCAAGGAGUUGUCCCAUUUAUGUAGAUUAACAAUAAUCUCUCUACCAAAUUGACCAAAAACAGAUUAAUGGAUAAUUUACCUCAGUGCCACUUAUCAAUAGACAUCGCACUUCAAAGCAUUUCCAUGUUGUGGUACAACAUUCAUGAUUUAUAAACCACACAUUGCACCAAAAUCAAUGGGUUACAAAUUACAUUCCUAUUGCUGAAUUUUUAGUGUAAUGCUCAUAUUUACAAAUCCUUUCGAUGCUGAUUCAGUGUCAACAAUGUUUUGAAUAUGCCCAACCAAUCUGUUUCAAUCUAUAAUUAAAUUUGCUGCAGUUUGAAAUUCUGCUGUGUUUAUGAACUAUCAUGUCAGGUUAUUAUGUACUAAAUGCAUCUUAACAGUUGUUUCCUAGGUACCCAUUUGUAAGUCUCGGAUCCCCAAUCAGUUUUCUAAACAUAUAUAAUAUACAGUAUGUAUAGUAGCAUGCAUUGUUGGGCAGUAUUGUGUUUAGAGUGUAAUAUAUAAAACUCUGCAGAUGCUGGGGUCAAAGCAACACUCACAACACACUGGAGGAACUCAGCAGCUCCACGGAUGCUGCUCGACCUGCUGAGUUCCUCCAGCGUGUUGUGAGUGAUAUAUAAAGCUCUGGUUGGGCCACACCUACAGCAUUGCAUAUAGUUCUGGUCACCUCACUAUAUGAAGGAUAUUAGGCCUUUGGAGAGGGUGCAGAAGAGGUUUACCAGGUGCUGCCUGGUUUAGAGGCCAUGUGCUAUCACGAUAGGCUGGAUAAACAGGUUUUUUUUUGAGUGGCGGAGACUAGGGGGAAAUCUGAUAGAUUAUUAGGGACAUAGAUAGAGGGCAGAGAGGAUCUGUUUCUCAGGGUUGAAAUGUCUAAUACCAGAGGGCAUGCAUUGAAGGUAAGGGGGUAGGUUCAAGGGUGAUGUGAGGGGUCAGUUUUUUUACUCAGAGUCGUGGAUACCUGGAAUGCGUUGCCUGGUACGGUGAUAGAGGCAAAUACAGUUGAGGGUUUUGAGAGAUGUUUGAAUAGGCACAUGGAUGUAAGGAAGAUGAGGGGAUAUGUAGGUAGGAGGAAUUAGUGUUUGGGUGUUUUUGAUUUGCUUUUUAGUUGGUUCGGCACAACAUUGUGGGCUGAAUGGCCUGUUCCUGUGCUGUACUCUUCUAUGUUCUGCACAUUAACCUAAUAAUAUCUAAUCCAUUGGACUGAUCUUUGUUUCCAUUGUAUUAUCAUUCACGUGCAACAUUCCAAGAUCUGCUAUAUGUGCAGUUACUCAUCUAGCUUCUUUAAUUGUCCACUUUAUAAGUCAUGCAGUUACAAAGCAUUCCACAUCUUCAAUAACUGAAUAUGACUGUCACCAGAAAGCAUGCUUUAUUCCAUUAUUUUACAAUCCAGCUCACCUUGAAGGAAUUUAGCUUUAUUGCUUGCAGCCUGUGAAGCGGCUCAAAAUCUUGGCAUUUUAGUUCGCUCCUGUCUGAGUUUCUUAACCCUCAUCCUCUCCACUAAAAUCUCCUGAUUUCAAUUUUUUUUAAUAUUAUCUAUCUUUGCCCCAGCUCAGUUUAAGUUCAAGUUCAAGUGUAAUUAUCAUUGAACCGUACAUGAAUACCCAUGGAUACAGCCAAAUGAAACGGAGUUACUCCAGGGCCAAGAUGCAAAACACUGUAUCAAUAGUCAGACACAGCACAAGGCACACGUACGACGUCAGUAAAAUACAGUCAUGCAAAACAAAUAAAAAUAUACGUUGGCAGAUUAAUGCAAACUUGACCACAAUCUGUUCUGUGCUGGCAAGCUUCCACAUUCAAAUAUUCGUAAGCUUGAAAUAAAAACUAAAAAUACUAGAAAUAGCCCAGCAGUUAGGCAGCAUCUAUAGAGAGAGAAAUAGAAUUAAGAUCGGGUCGAUGAUAUUCCAUCUCAUAGAGCAGCUACAGUGGAAGUACUAUACAUUGAAUGUGAAGGUUUCUACAUUCCUUUAAAUCAGCCUUCAUGAUUUCCAAUGCCUCCAUGUGAGGUCACCACAAGACACAAUGUACCUUCCACUUGCUUUACUCAAUUCAAAAGGAACUGUUCCUUCUGGACACUAGUUCAUUCACACAUCUCUGACAAUAGGCACUUCCCCUUCUUGCAACAGCUUUCGUAGAACCAUAGAAAAUGCAACAAAUGCCCUUCCACCUUCUCCCUACCCCUCCACCCCUAUCUCGGGCAACACUGUUUCCAGGUGAAUCACUAAGGUUAGAGACUUCCUUUUUUUUUGAUUGCACAUCCUCAGUUUGAGAUUAUGCAAAACCUUGCCCUUCUUUCAAUUUGUGCAGAUUCCCAUUCCCCUGUCACACUUGUUCUUAUCCUAGAUCUGCAUGGUUCCUUGCUUGGCAGUUUUUCUUUCAAUUAAUAUUCUUAACCUUGGGUUAAAAUUUAUGCACGACUUGAAACCUAUUUUGCAACUUCCUCCAGCUCCAUAAACCUCUGAGAUCUCUUCCAGUUCCUACCUCUAUGCUCAUUGAUUGACCAUCAACAAGGAUGCCAUCUGCUGCCAAACCAUGAACCUCUCCACUUCUGUCUCCUCAAGUUCACCAUAAUAAUCCCUUUAAAACAUCCAUCUUUUGCAAAGUUGUUAGUGCCAGUCCUAAUGUAUUUUAUGGCAUGAAGCUUGACCAGAUGCAGCAUAGUGAGCUGGUAGAAGAACACUCUAAAUUUGUAUUGAUUGAUGCUACUGGGUGGUCGCUACAACAAGUAUUUCCUGAUUUAGGAGUCUCAAAUUUGUUCACAUUCCUUUGCCCUUCUUUGGUUUACAUUGUAGAUUUACUCUAUGCUCCUUUCAAUUCAUACCACUUCCCUCACCCCAAUGUGGGGCUACCGUCCAGCAGCUCGCUGUAUUCCUCUUCAGCAACGGGUCACUGUUAAAUCUUUAUUAUCCAGUUGUUUGAUAUUUUCACUAACAUUUCAGUCUCCCUCCUGGAAACACAAGUCCUAUCAGAAGGUAACAAGAGAAUAAUGAAGAAAAAAAAUAGUAUCUGAGAGAAGUGGGAAGAUUGGGAGCAAUUAAGAAGUGAACAAGUGCGUUUGAGAGAAAGGCAAGUGUAAAAAAAGUGAAGGGGGAUUGGAGAUGGAGAUAGCGUGGAAUAGUUGGCAAUGGACUAGAGAAAUAGAAGCCAAGAAGUACUUGAAUCCUGAGUUUAGAAGAGCCACUGUUACAGUGGAACAUGGUGAAUCCUUUCUCAGGUCUAUUCGGCUGCUUUUUCAUUUACUCUUGUAGCUCAUAGAAGCUGUUAGUUUCUGUUUUGCAGGUUCCCAGUGGAAUAGAUGAGAAAUAUGCAGGGUGAAUGUAUAUCUUGAACUUUUAGGGUUGUAGUGGGAUGAAAGGAACUGGAAUGUUGAAGAAAGAUUGGGGGACUCAGAGAAAAUAACCAUAUUAGUUAGCAAUAUAUAGACUUAAGCAAUGAAGAAGAAAAUAGGCUUGCUUCUAUUGGCAAUCAAAAUAAACUUUAUAUUAAGGAUAUGAAGUAACUCUGGAGAUAAAUGACCGCACAUUUUAAAAGUUAUAUAAUGUACUGAGUACUUUAUGUACUUGUUUGCUAGGCUAAGAAUAUGCUUUUUUCAAACAUUCCUGGUUGUCAAUUGUAAAUUCAAAUGGAAUCACUUCCAUUCUUAUUAAAAAGUGUAACUAAUUAUAUUAGUAGUAAGCAGCUUAUAAUUACUGAUUGAGACAAUAAAAUGCCUGUGUAAUGAUGUGAUGUAUGUGGAACAUCUUGAAAAAGCAACCUUAUUUUGUUUUUUUUUAAUUUUCCUUUAUUUGAACAAUGUAGGUACAGAAAACUGCAAGUUAAUAUGGUGAAACAGAUCUAUAUUAAUGAUGGAACAAAAUCUCUUUAUAUGGUAUAUAGUGUAUGAUGUUGAAUGUAAUAUCAGCUCUGAUUUUGCAGUACCUGAAACUGCAUACAUAUUUGUCAUCCUGUGAUAAACGGUUUGAUUAAAAUGUGUAACACAGAAUAAUUGUUACAUUCUCUUUUACUUCAGUAGAAAAAAAUGAUGUAUUAGAAAUACAUUCCUUUUGGAAGGUAAUAGAUCAGUCAUCUAUUUAAAAAUAUAGCAUGCACUACAUGUCACCUUUAAUUAAAAGCUUUAUUUUACAGAAAUUGCUUCAUUAUUAGAAAUAUAUUGUGUUAUAUUUCUUUUUAUUGGUGACUUAAAUGAAAUUAAUUAAACAAGAAUUUCGAUCAGAAUUGCAGUUAUUAGCAUCUAGAAAAUAAGCACAGUUUUCCAGUACGUUUGCCCAUUCUAUGGAAUCAGAAAUAACCCUUCACAAAAAGAAAAAUUUCAGAAUUUAUUCAUUUUGUAAAUUGGACUUGCCUAACAUUGGGCUUUUGUUUAAACCGUUGUACCUUAAUUACAUUUGUAACCUUUUGGGGAGAAACUGAUUGCCAAAUUCAGGACAAGCAUCAGACAAACAUCUCAGGAAGGGCUAUAUGUAUACAUUUUCUUGAACUAAUCUGUCUGUUAUGUGGAAUUUGAACUUGAACAUUUAUGUCUAAAGGAUGUGAAUA